AGAAGAGGAAGACGCGUUCAGAGUGAAAGAGGAGGAGGAUGUUACAGUAAAAGGAGAGGAAGAUAUAGUUUAUGGCGUGAAAGAGGAGGGGGUGGAGAUGACUGUUACAUCGAAAAAGGGCCCGGUUUCCCAAACGCAUCUUAAGGCAUCCAAUGGUUCUAACGAUGAAUUUAGCCAUAAGAUGGUUUUGAUAAUCCGUUCCCUGAUUAACACUAGAGAGAUACUUAACUAUCUUGGAUCCUCUGGGGAGCCUCAACAACCUUGUGAUGCUGAAGAGGCAGAGAAGAGACUCUCCAGAUCAGAACCCCUCAAGAAACACCUGCAGAGAUCCACAGGGAAGAGAACUCACUGCUGCUCUGACUGUGGGAAGAGAUUCACCUCAUCAGGCAUUAACAUUCAUCAGAGAACACACACAUGAGAGAUACCUUAUAUCUGUGGUCAAUG